GCCAGGGCGCGGGCCAAUGGGCGCUCGGCGGAGGGGGCGGGAGCGGCUGGCGGCGGCGCCGUCGGGUUUGGCUGGAGCAGAGAGGGCGCUUGAGGAGAACCGAUCGGCGGCGGCGGGGCGAAUUGGCGGAGUCGAAGCGCUGCCCACUUCCUCCGCCGCGCCGCGCCUCCUGGCCCUCGCGGGCCGCCGCUCCCCGCGUCUCCCGCCACGCGACCCUGCCCCGUCGGAAAGGGCCCUCUCCCCCCCUCCCACCAUGGCUCCUCAGAAGCACGGCGGCGGAGGAGGCGGCGGCGCGGGGCCCAGCUCGGCUGCUCCUAGCGGAGGGGGAGGCGCCGUCGCGGCCACCGCCACGGGCGGAGGCGCGGGCGGUGGUGGCAGUGGCGGCGGGUUCGGCGGCGGCGGCGGCGGCUCGACCUCGGCCGCCGCGCCGGGCGGCAAGUCCGGCGGCGCCGUGGGAGGCCUCGGCAGCGGCUACUCGGGGGGCGGCAGCGGCUGCGGCUCCUCGGCGUCGUCGGCAGCGGCCUCCUCGGCUGCGGCCCUGCCGCCGGUGAAGAAGCCGAAGAUGGAGCAGAUCCAGGCCGACCACGAGCUCUUUCUGCAGGCCUUCGAGAGUGAGCUUCGUGGGGGGAGGAGGGAGGGGGGCCCGAAAAUAACAACCGUUCCCCUCCCUCCCGCCCGAGUCGAGGCGUGAUGGGCGGAGGAGAGGGAGCAGCAUCGGCCGCUUAUUGUGGGGCGGCGGGGCUGCCUUCCUUUCCCCCCUGGCGCGCGCGGGUCCUUCGGCGGGAGGUGGUUGCCCCCCUUCUUUCGGUUGGGGAGGGGUGCUCUGCAAGCAAUGCUGUUGCUCCUCUGUCAGGGUUGUCAGCCCCCAGGGCUGCCCGUGGGGGGAAACCCGCGCCCUGCCUAAUUGUUACAUUAAUGAGGCCGUGCCACACACGCUCCACCUCGAAGGAUUUUAAGGAGUAGUCAGAUUGCGCCUCUCGGUAGGAUUGCCUUUCGGGGCUCGGGAGAGCCGCGGGGGGCGUUGUAAGUUGAUACUAUGUUGUUACGAGUGUCUUCUUCAUCUCUCUCCCUCCCAACCCCUUGAGAGCUCAUUGGGAAGCUGGUCUUCCUAAGCGAUUGAAGGACUCCUUGUCCCACAAAAGAUCAUUUUCGAAGCUGAGGUUUUAUGAACUGUAAGGAAAGUCAAGGGGGGAUGUAUGGAGGGUUAGGGAAUUGGUCUCUGGUUUUGGACCUUAAAAAGGUUGGUUAUUCUGUUUGGGGCAAAAAUUGCAGACUUGUCAUUUUGAGUUGUGUGGUGAAGGCUGAAGGUAUGGAUAAGGCUGGUCAAGGAGGAGUGGAGAACUCGAGAAGGAAACGUGAUCAGGAAUUAGUCUGAAGAAUGUGGCCGAUUAUUUGGUAGCCUUACAAAAUUGCCUUAUGUAUAGAAAAAAGGUUUUAACUGCCACCCCUUUUUAAACAUUGCAACAACUAGUUUUUAAAGUGAAAAGGUUCAGUCCCUAGAACUUUCAUCUAACAAGACAGCAGCUUAACAAAAACAUUGGGGGGGGACAGCAGUUGCUCUUAGAACACUUAAAGCACAUCUUCUGAUUCUUGUAAAAUGAAAUUGUGAAUGAUAAAUCUAUACACUUUAUAGAGUAAGAUUUUAAAGUUGGAUUAGGAAGGAACUAGUGUGUUUCCCAGAAGUCAGUUUUCUAAGAAUUUAAGAUGUUUUCUUUCACUAAAUUAUAUAUUUUCAGAGAUGUUGUAGAAAUGUUGAAGGGUUCUACGCUGACAGGCAUAACUCUGGUUAAGCAUCUGAAUAUUCUUCCUCCUUUGUGAACUUUGUGUUUCAUAGGAGCUAAGUAGUCAAGACUUUGCUAGCAAGAUAGAAUGUAUUAUAUCCAAGGGCAUAAUGCUGCUGUUGGUUAUUCAAGUGUCAGGGAUGCAAAAUUAGCUUCUGGAAAUACUCCAUUCCACAAAAGUAUUUUUAAUCUAUCUUAUUAGAUCUACUGCUGUAUGUUAUGGGUGUUUAUUUUCAAAUAUAUACUGCCAUAUUUCCCAGUAGUAGAUGGUUAGUGGUCACAGUAGUGGUCACUUGGUUGUAGCUGAUAGUGAUUAGGUUGCUGCUUGAAAGUGCCCACUUGCUUCAUUACAGUCUAGGUAUUUAUGUACUACACAUGUUUGGUAUGAAUGGAUAAUGUUGUAUAUUCAAAAAUUUAAUGUGUUUCAGGGAAAAGCUAGUAAAGUGUCAAAUUUUCUGCUUUGUAAAAGACUGCUCUAUUUUCUCUCACAGAACCAACACAAAUAUAUAGAUUUCUACGCACCCGCAAUCUCAUAGCUGUGAGUAACUGUUAAUCCUUUAUUUUAAUUUUUUGAUCCACUCGUGGCAAUGUUGAAUUGACUUUUUUCAUUUUCUGUUGCAGCCAAUAUUCUUGCACAGAACCCUCACGUAUAUGUCCCACAGAAACUCUCGAACAAAUAUCAAAAGGUAACUUCACAUAUUAAAAAUGUUUGUUAUUUAAUAUGUUAGCGUCCUCCCCUCUUUAGCAACUGAGAUGAUGAUAAUAGUAGGGUACUGCCUAUGUAUAGUAUAAAUGAUAACUUUCUCCAAAAUUGGGACCUAAAUUCUUUUUGUAAACUUCACUUGGAAAUGAACUUAAUGACCACAUAACAUGUACAUAUGUAAUGAAGCCUUGUAUUUGUCUUAAAUUUUCAUGUGGUUUGGUUUGCAAUGUGAGCUUGCAGGUGGUAGUUUUUCAGAGAUUCACUUUGCUGAUGCAUAGCAGUGAAAAAUAUCAACUGUUUGCUGUCAAAGAUGAAAUCACAUUGCAUAAAAAAUGUAUAUACUUCAUAAGUAAUUGGGAGUGUUUGGUAAUUAAUUAACAUUGUAUUGUGCUUGCUAUUUAGCUGUUACUACUUCCAUCUUAAGUCACAAUGCUUUGCUUCAGGUCAAUGUGGGUAAUACUUUAUAUUUUCUUUAAACUUAGCCUCUCAGUAAAAAAUAAUUAUAGGCAAUGUCUGUGGGAAAGUAAAGAAAAAUGGUAAUCCAAACUAACUUCAUUUCUGAGCUUCUGCAGUGGGUUUAGCAAUCAGGAGCCUUGAAAUACUAAUACACUUCAAAAUAAUUAAAACUGCCUUUAGCUUUGAGUGCUUGCAACGUAAUGUUUUUAUCUCAGAUAACCUAUAAAGAUUAAAUUUGUAACUCCACUUGAAUGGAAUUAGUGGUGCAAAACAUUGUUUGAGUCAACAAGAUACGCAUAAGAUACGUCAGAGGAUGGAAAAAAACAAAGCGAUAAAAUGUACACUGAAGGAAUGGGGUAUGCUUGCCACGGAAAAGGGAACUACAAUGGGAGUUAAUUCUUAGGCAUAUAGCAUUGCUGUUGCCCAUUAACAUGAAUUGUUCUCGAAAGCCAUUUAAAAUAAAGCAAGAACCAACAGAUUUAAAUAAUGUAAAAAUAGGUCUAAUUAGUCAGAAGACUAUAGCGGAGUAUAGGUCAGUAGACAUCUAGGAAUUAGGUUUGUGUGCUGUAGGGUGUUAGUGCAAACAGAGGGAUGAAUCCUUGAUCAUGUUCUGAGUCUGGGACGUUUUGUCAAAUAACUUGUAAUGGUCAGUGCUGCUACUGGAUGAUAGGGAGCAUCAGCUACAUAUAGGUGUAUUUUUUUGGUAUGUCUUUGUUUCAAUGUAGUUGUGGUAUUGAAAGAGUAUGGCUAUUUAAGGACUCAUAGAAUUCCUCAAACUAAAUCUGUUUUCUUUCCAGAAAUAUCUUACAUUUAGCGACAGUAUGGGAGCCUGCUUUUUCUGCUACUGCAGAUAGCCAAGGAAUAUUUUUUUACUGCAACAUCUAUACUUAGUAUAUAUUUCUGCAGUGUGAUGGAGAAAGAUGAAAUUGGCUGUGUUUGCACAUCAUGGUAAACCAUAAACCAUGGAUUGCCAUGUUCAAAUGAAUUGUGCUUGCUUUACUCCUCAGCCACAUUGGGAGGAACCAAAUUGUGAUCACUGCUUUAGCAGUCCAAACAAGUGGUCAUGGUUUGGUUUGGUUUGGUUUGCUCUUUAAAGAAAACCAUACUGAUAAGCCAAUGUUUCUUCUUGGCAUACCAGUUAUAGCUUGAGCAAAAUAAACUGGUUCCUAAUUGGGCUGUAACACUAAAUUGGGGGUCAUGGGUUUGUUUUCUCCCAUCCCAAGAGGGAAGUAGCAAAAUAGCUGCUGUUCUCUUGUGCAUAGUAAGUCAUAGCUUACUGUGAUAUGCAAAAGCUACCAUUGUGUAUGUUUCUCUCUACUGCUGCUAAUUGGUAGACAGCAUUGGUAAAUGCCACAUUUCACUCUGAAAAGGCCUAGAUUCUUAGCUUUAAUCUUUAAUUCAUGUUUGCAUAUAGUUAGUUGACUGGUAAACAUUUGGUAAGAAAGAACUGCAUCCAAGAGGCCAGGCAGUGAAGCUUUCGUAAAUGAGAUCUGUUGGUUGUUUCCAGCAAUGUGGUAUAAAUGACAGUGUGACAUAAAUGACUAUUAAAAUGUGUUAAGGGCUAGUAACUAUGUGUAAUAUUCAUGAGAAUAUUAAUGUGCAAGCACAGCCAUGAGAAUUGCAAAAUAAGGUCAUCUGAAUUGUAGGUGAAUGAUGGUCAUGUCAACUGUGUUCUGCGAGAAGCAAUAACAACAAUGUUUUUGAAUACAUUUUUAUUCUGUCUUUUCCUGAAGUGUACUCUCAAGGCAGCUCACAGCUACAAAUAAUAAAGUACAAAGAAUUAAACUGUAAAAGCCAUCAGUUUAAACAGAGAGACCAAAUUAGGAGAAUGCUUGCUGAAAUAAAAUUGUCUUUACCACCCACCAAAGGACAGGAUGUAUUAUGUGGGCCAAACCAUACCUCUGUAAAAGAGUUAUUUCACAAUAUGGAUGCCACAGGUGAGAAGGCCCACUCUUGUGCUUGCUCACCAUUCUUCAGAUAGCAGGGGAACACGGAAGAGGGCCUCCCAUUAUGGAAUCUAGAGGAGACCCAUAACAGACUUUCUGGACAGAUUCAUGCAGGAGUCAGUGUUUCCUCGCCUCACUGUUUAGGACUCCAAAAAUCAAAGGCUGGAGCUGGUUCACCACAACAUGGUCAGGUAUCUUAAUCAAAAAUGCAGAUUAGAUACUGGGCAAAACUCAUUCAUAUUGGAGAGAAGUGCAAGGAUAUCUUCAAGAGUGUCUUCACAAUUACUUAAGUGCUGUCAAACGACCUCUGCAACCCAAACCCUGUUCUGGCUGCAUUUACAAGCCAUGAUGAACAAAGAUCAUGCUGGGUCUUUCAGUUUCAAGAAUCUUGCCCGCAUUCUCAGAUUGUGCAAAAUGAAAAGUAUAAGGCAUGGGGAGGUCUGAAAAGGUGCUUUAGAGCAAACUGCAGGACUUCUCACAGGCAUCUGGUUGGACAUUGUAAGAAACAUGACAAUAGGCCUUUCGUCUGAUCCAUCAGGGCUCUUAUGUUUGCAAAGGGCAGUACAAAGCAGGAGAUCCCAUAUAGAUUCUAGCGAGAAAAGGGUUACUUAGCAGAGUUGUACACACCCACCCUCCUAUUAACAAAAUGUAUCACAUUUCCCUUCGCCACGAACAAAUGACCCGCAGGGAAUGAUACUUAAAUUCCACAAAGUCGAGAGUUCUGUGCUUUAAGCUGGAUCCAACCAAGACAAAGGUGCUUUAGGGGACAUGAACAAAUGACCUCGCGGGGAACGAUAUUUAAAUUCCACAAAGUCAAGAGAGUCAAAGUCAAGAGUUCCAGGGAGGAAGGAAUGUGUUUGGAGCAUUGGAGGGACUUGUAAACAAGGGUGUUUAUGAGGGAAGUUUGAGGGGGAAGCCUGCAGUGCUGUCUCAUGGUGCAUGUAGGACCAAGAGACAUUGACAGCAAGGGAGCUGCUUCAGUGACCUGCAACACCAGUGCCAUGUUUGUCUUCCUGCCUGAGAAUGCAAAACUUCACCUGCAGUGAGUACAAGCUAGUUGCCUUGCUGGAAGAGAAGCUACAGCAACUUUAGGCAGAAAACCAGGACUGUCAGGAGCCAUGCUGUGUCUCUGGAGCUACAAAAUCAAUUUCAUGUGCUCACCUCAGAUACUGAUUCUCAGCCUGAGGAGCAAGAACUACAACUGCAGGCCUUGGAAUACAUUGAGGUAGUAGUGGACAGUGUACAGAAUGAUUUCUGUCGCUCCCCAGAGAAGAAAAGAUGUGUGGUGGCGGAGGACGGGGCAGCAAUGUGUGGAGGAAUGACUGGUGGUUUUAGUUGUCCCUGCCCGAAUGCACAAAGUACAGGAAGCAAGCAAGAAGAACUUGAGCUCUUAUAGGAUGACAAAUAUGACCCAAUAAGCAUUGCUGAAACUUGGUGAGAUGAGACUCAUGGCUGGAAUGUAGAAACUGAGGGGUACAACCUGCUCAAAAUAAAUGAUGUGUACACUUGUGACGAUACCUAAGAUUUUGAGCAUGGAAGGCAGAUUGUGUAAAAAUUGUAGGAAAGGGAAAGAACAGUGAUCUUACUGCAGGAGCUUUUGGAUGUAAUCUCAGAACCUCUGUCUAUAAUCUUUGAGAAUUCUUGGAGAACAGGUGAAGUCCCUCUAUAUUGGAGGUGGCCAAAUAUUGUCCCCAUCUUAAAAAGGGGGGGGGGGUAACUACCGACUGGUGAGCUUGACAUCAGUGCCUGGAAAAGUCCUAAAACAGAUAAUUAAACCGUCAUGCUGUGAUUACUGAAACCCAUUAUGGGUUUCUCAAAAACAAGUCAUGCCAGAUGAAUCUCAUUUUUCUUUUCUUUUUAUAGUUACCAGCUUAGUGGAUUAGGGGAGUGCUGUGGAUGUAGUGUACCUUGAUUUCAGUAAGGCUUUUGACAAAGUCCUUCAUAAUAUUCCUGUACAGAAGCUGGUAAAAUGUAGACUGGACAACGUAACCUUUAGGUGAAUUUGACUGACCAAACCCAAAGAGUGUUCAUGAAUGGUUCCUUGUCAUCCUGGGAAAAAGUGACAAGUAGGGUGCCGCAGGGUUCUGUCCUGAACCCUUUGUUGUUCAACAUCUUUAUAAAUGAUUUGGAUGAUGGAAUUGAGGGGAUGUUAAUCAAAAUUGCAGAUGAGAGCAAACUGGGAGGGGUAGCUAAUGCCACUGAAGACAGAAUUGGGAUUCAAAAUGACCUUAACAGAUUGGAGAACUGGGUCAAAAUUAACCAAAUUAAUUUCAGUAGAGAAAUGCAAGGUUCUAUACUUAGACAGGAAGAACCAGCUGCACAAAUAUAAAAUGGGGGACAGCUGGAUUGCCAGUAGUAUACAGUGGUACCUCAGGUUACAGACGCUUCAGGUUACAGACUCCGCUAACCCAGAAAUAGUACCUCGGGUUAAGAACUUUGCUUCAGGAUGAGAACAGAAGUCGUGCGGUGGCAGUGGGAGGCCCCAUUAGCUAAAGUGGUUCUUCAGGUUAAGAAUGGACCUCCAGAACAAAUUAAGUACUUAACCCGAGGUACCGCUGUAUAUGAAAAGGAUAUUGGGAUCAUAAUAGACCAAAAGAGUCAACAGUGUGAUGCAACAGCAAAAAAACCACGCCAGUGCUAUUUUAGGUUGCAUCAACAGAAAUAUAGCGUCCAGAUGAAGGGAAGUAAUAGUACUGCUCUAUUCUGCCUUGGUCAGCCACACUGUGUCCAGUUCUGGGUGCUACAAUUUGAGAAGGACAAGCUGGAAUGCAUGCAGAGUAGGACAGUCAAGAUUAUCAAUCGUCUGGAAACAAAGCCUUAUGAGAAGUGGUUGAGGAAGUUGGAUAUGUUUCGCCUGGAAAAGAGGAGACAGAUGAGAUAUUGAAAGGGUUGUCACAUGGAAGGCGGAGCAGGCUUGGGACCCGAACCAAUGGAUUCAAGUUACAAGAAAGGAAAUUACUAGUAAACAUCAGGAAGAGCUUUCUGACAAUAAGAGCUGUCAACGGAACUGACCCCCUUGGAAGGUGGCAGAUGCUUCUUCCUUGGAUGUUCUAAAGCACAGAUUGGAUGGCUACCUGUCAAGGAUGCUUUAGCUGAGAUUCCCGCAUAGCAGGGCUUUGGACUAGAUAACCCUUGGUGUCACUUCCCCCAUCUUCCCUCCGUGUGUGUGUGUUUAGAUUGUAAGCCUGCGGGUAGCGACUGUUUUGUUUUGCUCAUGUAAGCAGCUCCGAAAGCCUUUUUGGCUGAAGAACAGGGUACAAAUUCUACAAAUUUAGUAUCCUGUCUUUAUAAACCCAGUUGUAAGGACACACAAUGGAAGCUAGCAGAGUGUUGGACAAGGCUCCUUGAAAAAGGGUAUUGAAUCCUAGGGUCACACGCAUGCUCAUCUGAUUCAGGAGAUUGUUGUAUCAAUCAGCCUAGUGGGCAGAGAUAGGAGAUUUAUGCUUCCUUCCCCGAAAUAGAUACUCGUAGUAUGCAACAUGUCUAUUUUCUCACCCAGAAUCAAAUUGUGGAUGAACUUUGUUUCUUUGUCAACUGACCCUGUAUUCACCCACAACAUUUGAAGACUUGGUGGAUUGCUAGCAAGGCUACCUCAGUUCCCAGGACUGAAGGAUGGAUCAGGAGAGACACUUGUGUGAUAUCUCAGCUUCCGAUUACCUGGCGUGUUCUUCCCUAUCCCAUACACCUUCCUACACAUAUCCAGUAACAUGGCCCCAUCUGUCUCGCUUCAGAAACAUACUCCCAAUAGAAACAGUCAAAAAGCAUUUCCCGAAUAUUUAACAACGGUUCCACACAUAAGCCUUCAAGUGCUUAUGUUCUGCAUGGGCAGAGACUAAACUAUAUAUUUUAAGCCCUAAGCUGCAGAGAUGUCAAAAUGUUCGCUUUUUAUUCUUCAGAGUAGUCAAAGCAAGUAUAAAAUUCUACGACCACAGUUACUAGCUUUCUGAAUAUAAGGCGGCUGAGUGAGUUUGGCGUGGAUUGUCUUGUAUAAAUAUAUAUUCCUGUUUCCGUUUGAGUAAAUUAUUUACAAAGCAAUGAAAAUAGCAUUGCUUAAGCCUUUAAGGAACUUGCACUAUUCCUUUUUUUUUUUACUUUUGUCCUUUGCCUUACAGAUUUUACUUAGACCUUAUUUGAAAUUUCCUAUCGUUGUAUGAACAUUCUCUCAUAUUUGUAUUUUUUGUCCUUAGAAUUGGAAAGGGAAGUACCUUCCAAUUAUAUAUACUUAUUUAAUUUCUCAGUUUUUUACAACUUGAGAAAUAAAAGUAUUAAAGCUUGACGAGUGCAGUCAGGUAUGGGAUUUCAAGAUCUAUUUGAUAAGAAACCAGCUUUUUCUCAAUUGUGAAUUAUUUUCAGUUUGACAGGCUGAUCUAUACGAUUGUGUAACCUUUUUCAGUUAUCUUCUUAGAGAAAUGCAUCUAGCAACCACUUGCUGAUGCCUGGCCUAAGUCCUCCUUGUACUAUACCCCAAUAUUCAGUAAAGGGCUGUCAUAUGAAGACACUGGCACACUGCCAGACCUGAAUGUUUUUAGUACAAGGAAUGUCGCUAGUGUUCAGCUGAGCUCCCACAAAGCAAAAACAGCUUUUCUGAAUUCUAGUUCUGUAACUCUAGAAUUCAGUUUCUAAUACCUUUGUCUAUUUAUGCCUGUGGUGAUUCUUAAGUGAUAGUACAUUUUACUUCUGCAAGUGUUCUUGAGCUAAGCGUAAAUAUUGAAACGUUUUGAAAAUAGCCAUGAUUGAAAGACAAAAUAUUUAGGGAUUAACAUCAUGCGGCUAAACACUAGCUUUCUGUGUCAUAUUGUGAAGUAUUUCACAACUUGGUGCACCCAACUCCCUUCCAGGUUUUUAAAAAAAGCAAUUGGAACAAAUCUUUAUGAAGCAAAACUUAACAACAUAAUGGAGAUCAGUGAAAUUUCAAAAAAACACAACUUUUAUUACAGGAAAACAUUCAGAGUAGACGGGAUGCUGACGAAAGUAGAGAAAAAACAGGGAGAACACGACUUGCAAAGGUAACAUUCAUUUUAUCUACCGAGAAUGUUUCAGUAACAGUGUUUCAAAUGGGAUUAUGUAUUUUCUAUGUCAGUAGAAGUCAUACUGAAAUAUGACUGGAAGUAUAAUGAAAUUCUGCUCCUCCCAUAAUAAAAUACAUGUAAACUAAUUUUACCAGAGGUGUUGUGUGUGGUGUCUGUUUGUUCUCUGGUAAACUUGCGCUACAGUGUUUAGCUCUUAAUAUGGAUGAAAUAAAACAUACAGUCACUUCCUGAAAAGCGGCAAAACAUGCAAACCGGCUCUAGUAAUUUAUUUGUUUUUGAAAUUUCAUUGAUUUCCAUUAUGUAGUUGAAUCACAGUUUAUUCUGUAGUGCAUGUGCGAAAACACACCUUUCCAUCUAUUGCUGCAGGUUGCUUGUUGUUGUUCAAAACUGUUGUUGCAUUUGUGUUAGGUGAAUAUGCUGAAACCUUGCCAGAAAACCUUCAUAAAAUGCCUGUGCUAUGUUGUAGAUAGGAAUAAGUUUAUUGAUCGUCAUUAUUUAAUUAUUUCUAUGACUCCCAAUUGUCAACAUAUCAGUUGAUAGAUGGGGAAGUAUCUUCUUGAAAUUGCAGCUUCAUAUUUUGGGAGUAAUUCUGGACCCAGCCUUGACCCUGGGUGACCAGGUGACAAGCAGUGCUGGAAUAUGCUUUUGCCCAGCUCGGUGAUCACAUGCUUGAACUACUUCAUGGGGCAGCCUUUGAAGAGUGUUCAGAAAAAUAAACUGUGAUGGCUAGGAUAUUAACUAGAGAUGAAUGCCAGGGGUAAAUUCCAUCAUUGUUGGAACAGCUGAAUUGGCCUCCAGUUGGUUUCUGGACCCAAUUCAAAGUGCUGGUUAAGACAUGUGAAGUCUUAUAUGGUAUGGGACCAGGAUUCUUGAUGGACCAUCUUCUCCAUUAUGAGUCUGUUCAUAUAUUAAGAUAAUUAACAGGAAAACUUUUGUGCUCCUGGGACCAGAGUGAUGGCCUUUUUUGUGGCCUUGGUCAUACUUUGGAAUUGCCUCCCAGACACAUGUACCUCACUCUUUACCUGACAUGUCUUCCACUGCGAAGUGAAAACCUUCCACUUUAGGGAAAUCCUUGGUCUGUUAGUCAUUUUAGUGCACUUGGUUGACCAUCCUUAAGGUGUUUUUUGUUUUUGUUUGUUUUUUGUUUUUGUUUUUUUGUUGCUGUACAGUUUUUAAUUAUGUGUUAUCGUCCAUAUCUUAAUUUAAUGUUAAUUUUGUUGGCCACCUUGAACUAUUUGGAAAGAUAGGGUAUAAAUGAUUUUUUAAAAUUACCCUGUUUAAAAACCUGAAUUGAAUACAAAACAAAGAAAGCUAUUUUGAACUUGUUAAUGAAUCGGUGACCCUAUUAUCAAUUAUUUAUUGUAAGAAAAAAAUCAUAGGCUGUUUAAGCAUAAAACUCCUAAGAGGGCACACAAUAAAAAUAAAGGAAAAACAGAUACAAUUAAUAAAGGAAGGGAAGCAUUGUUGCACUUGAACUCAUUCCACGAGCACAAUCAUCUAGUUGUGAUACGAUCCAAAAUAUGAUUGAAAAACACUGAUUUGACCAUUAAGUAUAAUCCCUUUAGGAAAUUCCUGGGCCAAUGCUUUGUCCCAUGAUGUUGCUAAAGGGAGGCAUGUUUCAUGUUUUCAUAAGAACAUGAGAAGGACCCAUCUGAUUAACAUCCUGCAUUGGCCAGCCAGAUACUUCUAGAAAUUUCUAAACUGUCUAAAAAGGCAGCCACGUGUGAAGUGCAUUGCUGUAACAUAAUCUGGGUGCAAUUAUUGCAUGAAUGAGGCCAGGUUAGAUUAAGAAAAUAAAUGUUAAAAGAGAUUACUUGUUGUCUUCUCUCACAUUUCUUAAAUGUGCCUAGAAUGUCUGAAGAGUGAAACGAUAUUUCUUUCCUUAUUUUAGCUUGUCUGCUCAUCUACAACUCACCUUUACUGGUUUCUUCCAUAAAAAUGGUACGUAUUUCAUCAUACACUUUUUCUUUCAAUGUCAUUUACUGAUGAUAGAGGAAUGUUUUGGUGUGUAACUGAGGUUCAUGGACCUCUGCAUUUUCACUGGGUGAAAUAGUAUUUAUUGUGAUUUGCAUGUAGACUGCGAAAUGUGUCCUUAUAAAAUCCUUUCAUUAUGACUAAGCUGAACUGUAUAUCAUUUUAUAGUACACUUAACAUUUUGGGAUGAUAAGUUAUCAUGGAGAAAAAUAACAGUAGAAAUGAUCUAAACUAGAAUCAAGAUACAUUUAAAUUUUAGUGCUGUAACCCAUGUAAUUUUAUUGGUACAUGUGCAGGCAGACAACAUUAAAGACUGGCCUCUUGGUUGAAUGGUGUUAAAUUGUCAGAAAGUGUUGAGCUCUACAUGUCCAUGAAAAUGGCAACAGUCCUCUUUUUCUGCAAAUUGCUGUUUGCUUGCUCCCCAAAAUGAAUAGCUGUUGCAGGGUUGGAAUCAGGUUUCAGGGGGACGUGGUCCAAGUGCCCUGCUGGAGCCCUUGCUCUGUCCUAUGGGAUUUCUUCUCAUUAGCUAACCAAUAGCUAAUGAAAUUGCUUUAAAAAAAAUAGUUACUAGGGAGGUGGUGAGCUGGCAGCAGUAAGGCCCAGUCCUUUGAUAGAAUAGACGAAGCAGCUGCAUGUAAUCUUCAUUUCCCUGGAAUUACUCUGGACCUGGUAGUGGGUUCAUCCUCACCUGACACGGCACUUUAUAGUGCUGGGCUGAGCACUGCCACCCUAGCAGCAGCUUGAAAAAGAAGAGGGGGACGUCAGGGAUCCAGUAUCAGCCUCAGUGGGCCCUGUCAUUUGCCCCUUCUUGCGGCUAUUAACCCUGGGCUUCAGCAGUGGCUCCAGUGAGCACAGCUGAGAGUUAACAUGCACUUCUCCAUUCAACUCUCCCCUUGAUCUCUCUCCUCCCUGCCCUGCACGCAAAUUGGGUAAUGCAGUACAGUGCUCCAGGGCCUGUGCUUAAGGUUCUCUAUAUAGUUUAAAGGGCCAGUGACACAUUAAAGCCAAAAGACAGCACCUAGACUGGCAGAUAUGUAUUUGGGUUGCACUGAAGUAGAACCUCUCUUUCAGAAGUUUAAAACAUUUUCCCCCUUGGGCUCUUUUUAGAUAAGCCAUUGCAAAACUCAGAAAAUGAACAAAGUUCUGUAACUCUGGAAGUACUGCUUAUAAAAGUUUGCCACAAGAAACGAAAGGUAAGUUUAGGCAUGGUUUAGCAAUAGCAGGAGAAAGCAGCUUUUAACAGUCGAGUUUCCUAAAAAUAUAUAUAAACCAUUUUCUUUAUUAACGAGACUCUGCAAAGGCGUUUAAAUACAAUAUAAUACAACAGUCCCCAGUUAAAUUCAAUACUGUAAGAUCUCCAAAAUGCUGCUGCUGCUAUUAUUAUUAUUAUUAUUAUUAUUAAUAAUAAUAAUUAUUAUAGCCCACAUUUUCCCUGGUGGAAAAUAUAUCAUUUAAGUAUUUCUACAAGUCAUAAAGAAAAAAGUAAUAAUCAUUUUCCAGUUUAUUUUAACAUUUUGUCUGUAUUCUCUGCUUUUAAAAUUCCCCUAAAGAAUAUGGGUUCACAGAAUCUUGUGCUUUGUUGCUCUAAUAAAAUAAUGAAUUCAAUAAAUGUUGAAAGAGAUUACUUGCUGUCUUCUCUCUCACUUUAAGCAGAUUUGUUAACUUCAUCAUGUGUCAUAUCCUAGAUUUAGACUACACAAUAAUCUAUAGAAGAGGGAGUUUGACAAUACAUGUUCAUCAUUUAUAAACUGUUUCCCAUCCCCCCAAUGGGUCUUCGUUAAACCUCACAGGCAUUUCAUUUUCACUUUAUCCAGAUGCUGAAAAGUAUUAAAUAUGUUCUAUGUCUACAGGAUGUUAGUUGUCCAGUAAGGCAAGUACCUACUGGUAAAAAGCAGGUACCCUUGAAUCCAGACCUCAACCAAAUGAAACCAGGCAGCUUUCCAUCACUAGCAGUUUCCAGCAACGAAUUUGAACCCAGUAACAGCCAUAUGGUGAAGUCUUACUCAUUAUUAUUCAGAGUAACACGUCCAGGAAGAAGAGAAUUUAAUGGGAUGAUAAAUGGUGAAACUAAUGAAAACAUUGGUAAGCAUGAAGUAUAUCCAGAACUUACUCAUUUAAUCGGGGGAAAUCAGCUAGCUGCUUAAAAGAAAAAUAUUAAGCAGGCUUUUGAAUGUGUGGGCGUUAAUUGCUUUAUACUUCCAAUCCUAUACUCAACAGUUUUUCUGGGUGAGUGGUUUUAGGAUGAGACAAAGUGUUCCUGACAACCCUGGAGGUUGCAGAUCCACUGCCUUGACUGUAGAUGUGUCCAUGGAAAUUCCCCCACGUACUGCAGACAAGCUCUGCUGGUGAAGUGGGUGGCAUAGAGGAAGAGCACAUCUAUGCCUAUUCAUUCCAUGGUUAAAAACCCGUCAGGAACUGGUGUAAAUAAUUUCCCUCCCAUUAAAAAGUUGAGGAUCAACAUGGGAACUGUUUGGAUGUUACACUGGCAUACACAAUUGCACAACCACCACUACAACUGAAAUGUGUGUGUAAGAUUUCAAGAAGCCUGCACUCCUUGCAAGAAUACUAACUUGGAGGGUUCUCUGUUCAUUUUUUCAUUCUAGAAUAGAACUUCCAUUUUUCGAUGUCCCUGGAAGAUUCUUAACUGAGCCUUAUUCUAAUAAUGUAAUAUUCACCAGGGGUUGAACAAAGAACUUUGUCUAAAGUUUGAAACAAUCGUUAAAAUAAACCCUCAUUGAAUCUAAUUCAGUGACUCUUACUGAACAGCUAUGCCAGAAAAUUUGUGUAUAUUUAUUCCUUACAAGUAUAAUAUUUAGUGUGCUUAAAUGCAGAUGUUAACGAGGAGCUUCCAGCUAGAAGAAAACGCAAUUCUUCCAACCGUGAAGAUGGGGAGAAGACUUUUGUAGCACAAAUGACUGUAUUUGAUAAAAACAGGUAAUACUUUUUAAAAAGAGACUUCUCCUAGGGCAUGUAUUGGAUUUGCCUUUUUCUGCGUGAAUUUCAUUUUAAUCUUUUAAAUGUCUUCUGUAAAAUAAAUCCUAGUUUUAGAGAUUCAUGUUUCCCAAAACGGCAUUGAGAAAUUCUUUGUCAUGGCUAGAGAUGUGAAAUUUUGAAGCAACAGGAGGAAAUCAGAAAUUUUGGGGGAAAUGAAAAAAAUGCAAGAUUUACUUUUAAACCGCCUUUACAAGUCAACCAUCAAUUUAGAAGCAUAAAAUGUAUUGUGUAUGAAUUGGUUAGCCAUAAAAUUAUCAUGUUUGGUAUAUUAAAAACACAAUUCAUUCAAACAAAUGAGCAAAUUUCCUUUUUUAAUUUUUUGCUACAAAUGAGCUACUAUAAGAAGCCACCACAUUUUUUAUUUGCACCAGUUUAUGAGGAACAAGCAAAAAAUAAUUAAAAGAAACCACUGGCAUUAUAGUAAAACAAAGAAGAAUGUUAAGUAUUCCAGAAACUGUUUCCUCCAGUACAUAACCUUACAUAAAAGUCUUCCUCUCGCAUAGUUUUUAGAAAUCAUUUAGGGGGAAUAAAUAUAUUGUUCUGAACAUUUUAUUCCUCUCCCCAGUUUUUCUCUCUCUCCACACCCCCAGCCUUCACAUUUUUAGUAGUGGCAUAGUAAAAAGAAUUGCCUGAAACAUGCCUACUGCCCCAUCUCUAUUUAAAAUGCAAGCUGCUCAUGUGUACAUAAUAGUAUCAAAAUAGUGUCAAUAAAUAAACCCCACACAUUUCUGACGUCUGUGUUUGUUUUAAAACAUGUGACUGCUGGGGUCCUGAUCUGGUGGAAUGCUUAAAAUAUUAUGGAAAAGGGUAGAGCUUUCAUCCUUCAAGUGGGCUGUGCUAUUGUGAUUAAACUCUAGGAUACUGAAUUUAUACAUUUUUCACAUGCAAACAAAAGUUACAAACUUGCAGCUUUAAGUUCCUGGCUAAACUAUAAGUAGCUGCGUUUCACUGUCUUUGUACUCUCCUUUCAUGGAUUAUAUUGGAACUUGAUGUCUAGAAUUCAUGUGCCAUCAUCAUAGUUUUUAAGGGCUUCCUGUGGUGGGUUUAACUAGGUAUUUGCUACUUAAGUAAUAAAUUCCAUUGGAUGAACAAGUGCAGCUGCUGUUCUAAUGAAACUAUAUACCUUAUUGUCAUGCUGCUAAUUUUCCGGGAGCGGGAGGUGGAAUAAAUAGAUUAGGAAUAUUUGUGUUCGGUUGUCAUGUACGUUGGACUAUUUAGAGAACUGGCUGGGAUUCACAGAAGCCCUUGCUCAGGUAUGCUAUGGGGUAGGUAUGUGACAUGGAACUGCAAUAGGAUGGGGAACUUUUAAAAGCCCUAGUGUGUGUGCAGCCCAGCCAUGAUGUGGAUGAUGAUGAUGUUGUUGUUUAGUCGUUUAGUCGUGUCCGACUCUUCAUGACCCCAUGGACCAGAGCACGCCAGGCACUUCUGUCUUCCACUGCCUCCCGCAGUUUGGUCAGACUCAUGUUUGUAGCUUUGAAGACACUAUCCAACCAUCUCGUCCUCUCUCGUCCCCUUCUCCUUGUGCCCUCCAUCUUUCCCAACAUCAGGGUCUUUUCCAGGGAGUCUUCUCUUCUCAUGAGGUGGCCAAAGUAUUGGAGCCUCAGCUUCAGGAUCUGUCCUUCCAGUGAGCACUCAGGGCUGAUUUCCUUAAGAAAGGAUAGGUUUGAUCUUCUUGCAGUCCAUGGGACUCUCAAGAGUCUCCUCCAGCACCAUAAUUCAAAAGCAUCAAUUCUUCGGCGAUCAGUCUUCUUUAUGGUCCAACUCUCACUUCCAUACAUCACUAUUGGAAAAACCAUAGCUUUUACUAUACAGACCUUUGUUGGCAAGGUGAUGUCUCUACUUUUUAAGAUGCUGUCUAGGUUUGUCAUUGCUUUCCUCCCAAGAAGCAGGCGUCUCUUAAUUUCGUGGCUGCUGUCACCAUCUGCAGUGAUCAUGGAGCCCAAGAAAGUAAAAUCUCUCACUGCCUCCAUUUCUUCCCCUUCUGUUUGCCAGGAGGUGAUGGGACCAGUGGCCAUGAUCUUCGUGUUUUUGAUGUUGAGCUUCAGACCUUAUUUUGCGCUCUCCUCUUUCACCCUCAAUAAAAGGUCCUUUAAUUCCUCUUCACUUUCUGCUAUCAAGGUUGUGUCAUCUGCAUACCUGAGGUUGUUGAUAUUUCUUCCAGCAAUCUUAAUUCCGGCUAGGGAUUCAUCCAGCCCAGUCUUUCGCAUGAUGAUGUGGAUGAUGGAUUCAUGCAAAUUAACAUGACUUGUUAUUGAAUGCCAGCUAAUGAAAUUAAUUUCUCUUUACAUAUAUUUUGUGCAACAGACGACUGCAGCUUCUUGAUGGGGAAUAUGAGGUAGCCAUGCAAGAAAUGGAAGAGUGCCCAGUCAGCAAGAAAAGAGCAACAUGGGAGACAAUACUGGAUGGGAAGGUUUGUGCCACUGGCAUUUGCCAAAAAGUCUUCUUGAAAAGUGUAUAUAAAGUGAGGAGCUUCAAAACACUUAAGGACCUUGAAAAUAGUGACGCUUCUUGAAAGCUGUAGGACCGAAGCCUUGAAGCGAAGUAGACUAUUUAAUUAACAAAAUUUAUUUACCUUGGUUUACAACCAUAAUCCGUUGCGGAGGUCCGUUUGUAAACCAAAGCAGGUUGUAACCUAAGGCGCGCUUUCGCCAAUGGGGCCUCCCCCCAAAAAUUUGUUUGUAAGAAAAUGGGUUGUAAUCCAAAAAAAAAGUUGCAAACACACACUUCCGGUUUUGAUGUGUUAGUAAUCCAAAACGUAUGCUAACCAAGACGUAUGCAAACCAAGGUACCACUGUACUGCUUAAUUGUAAUAAAACCUCAAAGCUGUUUACAAAAAAACAAAAAACAAACACCCCACAAGUCAUUAAAUUUAUCAGUAAAAAGAGUUAAAAACUGGUACUUUAAAAAUAAACAUGAAAUCAACAGUAUGCUAAAAACAGAUUAAAGGCAUAAAACAUCUGUACUUCUGGAUAUGCUUGCUAUUUUUUGCAAGCGCCGAAAAGGUGCCUGAUGUCAGUAGCUGGCGGUGGCAUCUGUAACGGUCCCAAUUUGAAGCUCCUUUGAAAAUCUCUCAAAGCAAUAUAUUUUUGUUUCAGAGGUUACCUCCAUUUGAAACAUUUUCUCAGGGACCCACACUUCAGUUUACCCUACGAUGGUCAGGAGAGGCAAACGACAAACCGACAACUCCUACUGCGAAGCCGCUUUCAACACGGAAUUCAGAGAGCUUCCCUCAAGAAAACAAGCCCAGCUCUGUGAAACCUACACAGACUAUAGGUAAGGAAAUGUUGACAUACAGAUAGUGCUGCUUGCAUACAUUGGAUUUUGUUUUCUUUCGUUGCCUAGUUCUGAACACUGUUCUAAUGCGUUUCAUGCAUACGCUUCAAUUGAGAUUCCUGCAUUCCAGGGGGUUCGACCAGAUGUUCCUUGGGAGUCGAUUCCAACUCUGCAAUUUUGUGAUUCUAUUACUAGUCUAGGGACGCGGGUGGCGCUGUGGGUUAAACCACAGAGCAUAGGACUUGCCGAUCAGAAGGUCAGCUGUUCAAAUCCCCGCGACAGGGUGAGCUCCCAUUGCUUGGUCCCUGCUCCUGCCAACCUAGCAGUUCGAAAGCACACCAGUUCAAGCAGAUAAAUAGGUACCGCUCCAGCGGGAAGGUAAACGGCGUUUCCAUGUGCUGCUCUGGUUCGCCAGAAGUGGCUUAGUCAUGCUGGCCACAUGACCCGGAAGCUGUAUGCCGGCUCCCUCGGCCAAUAAAGCGAGAUGAGCGCCGCAACCCCAGAGUUGGCCAUGACUGGACCUAAUGGUCAGGGGUUUACCUUUAUUACUAGUCUAGAAUCAGGAGAAAUAUAUAUGUUUAUGGGGAUUUGUCUAAAGUUGGGUAGGAUUAACGUGUACAAUGCUUAAAUGUCUUUAUCUGGUGGAAAUCUCUAUUUGGAAAUCUGUGGGAAUUUGAUCCUGUUGUGUCAGAGCUCAGGAUGUGCUUGUUUGCUUCCUAGCUGGCUGCCCAAGAGAGAGUCUGUCAGUCGGGUGCUGGUCCAACUGCACUGUUUUGGAUUUGUUCCUGAACCCAAUUCAGUAUGACCAUGUUGACCUUUAAAGCCCUUAACGUUUGCAUCCUGCAUACCUUUGGGAACACCUGCUUCUAUACUUGCCUCAUCACACUGUGAGAUCAGCAACUGAAAUUCUGCAUGUACCCCAUCCCUUUUGUUGGUGUGAUCUGUAAGAGUUUACUUUUCCCCAUCAUGGUACCCUCUUAGGAAUUUCUAUGCCUAGGGAACUCCAGUCGGUCCCUUCUUUAUAUAACGUCAUUGCCCAUUAUUGCAGUUUCCUUAUUUUCUAGUCUGUUUUCUGCUGCCGACUGUGACUUCAAUUUAUGUUGUUUUAAGUCUAUUGUGUUAAUAGCUUUUUUCCUACUUACAUUUAUAUUUCUAUGCUGUUUUUUAAUGUUUACAUGAGUUGGAUAUGUUCAGUAUGGAAUAGAUAAAAAGUUGUUGGCGAAUGCUCUUGUUACCUGUUUUUAUGAAGCUUAUAAACGCACAGUAUAUCUUGGGUGGGGUUGGGGAGGAGAAUCUGAGAAGGAAGAAGGGAAUUGCCAAAAGUCAGACGAAAGCAACCCCGUCCCUCCAUAAGCGGAGCUCCACUCCCUAAUGAGCCCUUCACUUAAAUCUGCAGCUUGUUUGUGGUUGCUUUUAUUUCUAUCUAGGUUGAUUAAUUUUGUAAGAGUUUCCAUUUUCAUCUAUAGCAGUUCAUAUGUGAUAGAAGAAACGAAGAUUUCUGAUAAAUACAAAAGAUGUUUAGGGUGAAUUGGGCUCAUUUUGGUUUGUGGAAUAUGGUUUUGUGAAUUUCCCCUCAAUGCUCACCCUCUGCUCUUGGUGAUAAAACUGGGAUAUUCCGGAUGCUAGCGUAUUUUGGAAUGCAGGUGUCUGUAUUGUGUGGGAAACAGGUAUUCACAAAGUGUUUAUUUUCUUAAAUUGGUCAGAUACAUCUUGAUGAACACAAGCCUGUUUUUAGCAGGAGAAUACUCUUGAUUGGUACAGGUUUUUUAAACAUUGAAGCUUUGUUCCCUUUGGUUUCAACAUUCUCUUGACACUCUUUUUCCCUCUUUGCAGCCUGUUAAAACCUGCUGUAAAGACUUCUUGUAAUGAAUCAGGAGUCGAGAUUCAAACUGUAAAAAUCUUACUAUUUUAAUUGUUUCAGUAGUUUUAAGGAACACUGGGAAAGUAUUCUUAGAACUGGUUUGAGUCAGAUUCUUUUGAAUCUUAGGGAAGGCUGAAAUUGAAUUUAUUUUCAGUUAUUUUUUCCAGGAGCUAGUACAAAUGUAGAGCAUUAAUGUUGCCAUGCAUUUGAAGUACAGUGGUACCUCUGGUUAAGAACAUAACUCGUUCCAGAGGUCCGUUCUUAACCUGAAACUGUUCUUAACCUGAAGCACCACUUUAGCUAAUGGGGCCUCCCGCUGCUGCUGCGCCGCCAGAGCACGAUUUCUGUUCUCAUCCUGAAGCAAAGUUCUUAACCUGAGGUACUAUUUUUGGGUUAGCGGCAUCUGUAACCUGAAACGUCUGUAACCUGAGGUACCACUGUACAAAAACCAACUGAAUGUGGUUUUAAAAAUGAUGCAAUAUGAACAUCUAAGCUUGUCAAAACAAAAAUGUCCUCAGUUAUUUCCAAAAAGUACAAAUAAUGGAUGCUUUACAUUUCCAAGCACAAUUCAAAGUGUUGGUGCUGAGCUUUAAAGCCCUAAACUGCCUCGGUCCAAUAUACCUGAAGGAGCGUCUCAACCCCAUCAUUAUGCUCGGACACUGAGGUCCAGUGCCGAGGGCCUUCUGGCGGUUCCCUCACUGUGAGAAGUAAGGUUACAGGGAACCAGGCAGAGGGCCUUCUUGGUAGUGGCACCCGCCCUGUGGAACGCCCUCCCACCAGAUGUCAAAGAGAACAACAACUACUAGACUUUUAGAAGACAUCUGAAGGCAGCCCUGUGUAGGGAAGCUUUUAAUGUUUAACAGACCAUUGUAUUUUAAUAUUUUGUUGGAAGCCGCCCAGAGUGGCUGGGGAAGCCCAGCCAGAUGCGCGGGGUAUAAAUAAUAAAUGAUGAUGAUGAUGAUGCUUGUCGUAUCUCAACAGAAACGCUGUUCCAUAGAAUGGGGGCUGCCAGUUGUUAAAAUAACGGGCGGGGGACACACACUCUGACAAUUAUAACAAUUAGAAAUGACAUUAAACAUCAGUGCAGGCAACCUCUCCUAACCAUUGAGUACUCCCACCUCACGCAAACAAGCACAUUGUUCUUACAGAUUUUAACAGUGCUAUCUGUUAGCAAAUUCCAGUGAAGAGAAACCCUAGCUAAUAUUAAGCAGAAUCAGGCUAACAGAAGGCAAGCAAGCAUCUCAGUAGUGGUUAAAAGAUCAUGACCUGCAUUAGAAGUGUAUGUCAAAAUAACAACAAAAUGUGGUUGCUGAGGUUUUUUCGUUCUGCCAGAUGAAAUUUUGCGUAGUUCACUUUUCACCAAGGUACAGAAGGUGAAACAUCGUAUUUUUGAGCUCUCCAAAGGUGGUAAGCACAUCACAUGGUGGGUUAUGCUGCCCUCUAGUGCCAUAAGACUGGAAUCACAUGCUUUCCUUCUCCUCUUGACCAGUCCUUUCCCUGCCUUGACUAAGGUUACCAGACGUCCCCAUUUCCUGGGGACAGCUCCCAGUUUUACAAAUCAGUCCCUAUACACAAUCCUAUCAUUCCUACUGAAGUUGAAAAGUGUGCCUUGAUUCAUUGAAAAAAACCUGGUAACCUUAGUCUUGACCCAGAGCGGGGGGUGUGUGUGUGUGUGUGUGUGUGUGUGUGUGUGUGUAAGUAAUGGGCAAAGAGCUCUGUUUUCUGUCGUCUCACAAGAGGACAGUAUAACCACACAUGUCACCUUUUAGGUGAGAACCAUUCUUAGUAUAGUGGUAUUGGAUAUAUUGAAUGAAUGAGUGAUCGAUUUAUUUCGGUCACUGACCAGAAUGAAUUGGAUAUAUUGGUUCUUAUAUCUGCAAAGAAUCAAUGUGUGGAUCUUGAAGACCUUUAGUGCUGUCUUUAGCUGUACGACUCUUAAGCCAGCACCGAAUUUAGGGCAGUGCAAGCAGUUCCCUCACACAAGGUGCCAAAGCAUGGGGGUUCAAAUUAAUAAUAUUGAGAAUAUCCAUUAAAAAGCAACUGUACUGCUUCCAGUUCCUUUCAUCAGCAUGUAGCAGUGGCACAGGUACGGGGAAGAUUUAGAUGCAGAGCAGUUUUCACUCCAAAAAAGAUUGGUGGUAAAAGUGAAAUUGAUGUGAGAAUUGCAGUGGUGGCAGUAUUAUAAUGUAUGAAGCAUCGUUUGCCUUGUAUUUCUGAGGGUGGAAAUACUUUUUUCUUCUUAUCAAAAGGUUCUCGAAAAUCAUGGUAUGCUGCCAUGCAGAUGGGUGAAAAGGAGUGAUCUACCGUGAGAAAUUAUAAUUAAGGUUUUUUUUGUUCAGCCAAUUGUUAAAAAGUUCAUACACUGACUAGGUUCUUGUGUGAUUUAGUAGAUGGUGUGUUAGACAUGACUGCUCAGCCAUGAAGGUUGUGGAUAGCUUUAGGCGAGCGUUUAAAAUCAUAGAAUGGGAUAAUGAGCUUCAUGGAAGGAAGGGCUGAUACAAAUGUAGUAUAGGCUUGGAGUCUGUGUUUGUUUGCAAGAUUAACAUAAUUAUUUUCCAAGAACAAAUCUAGGUAGUAUGUCAAGUAGGGGUGAUUGUGUACACGCUUGUCUAAUACAAAGGUAUAUAAGUGGAAUGAUUAUUUUAAUACAUUCAUUCAUUUAUUUAUUUCCUGCUAUAUUUUUUAUAAAUGCAUUCCAAUUGACAGUGUAUUUGUCCAUACACAGUCUAUGUCUGCAUUCGAAAUGUCAGUAUAUUUGUCCAUACACAGUCUAUCAGCAAUCCAUUCAUAUGUUACAAGAGGUUCUUUUUGUUUUCUUCUUCUUUUGUACUUUUUAUGCACUAAAAAGUGGAAGGUUUUUUUUUUUUUUAAAAAAAGGAAGAGAGGUUGAAGCUAGUGCUAAAAGCAUGCUAUGCUCUCCUACUUGUUGUCUGAAUUAGGAGCCUUGUCUUGUCUUCUGAAAUGUGUGUAACUAUUCAAUGAGACCACUCAAUUCCCUUUUGCUAAUCAGCUACUUAUAACAAAAUGGGGGCACUUUACUUACAAAACAUUGAGUCCUGUAGAGGUUUGUUUUGAACAGUAGUACAGUUAGUGACAUCCGUGUUCUUUUGCAGCUGUAAAAGAAUCUUUGCCGCCAGACCUGCAAGCAAGAAAGGAAAGGGAUGUUUCAAAUGAGCCUCGACAGAAACUGAGAAUAUUUUAUCAGGUAUUGAAAAAUCUAAUAUUUGAGACGGUGCAUGAUUAGACCUGACCAUUAGCAAGUACUGCUUCCCAUCUGCGUAGUAGAAAAAGAGGAGACAACUUUAUACUAAUAACAAGCUCUUGUUUUUGCCAGUUCCUGUAUAAUAACAAUACAAGGCAGCAGACUGAAGCGAGAGAUGACUUGCAUUGCCCCUGGUGCACACUGAACUGCCGUAAACUUUACAGCUUACUCAAACAUCUCAAGCUUUGUCACAGCCGGUUUAUUUUCAAUUAUGUGGUGAGUAUUUUUCCUUGUAUCUCUGUAACACCUCUGGUGCGGAGGGAAUCCAGUUGCUGCUCCUAUGCUCACACAAGGACUCUUGAUCCACUAACAAGACGAAGGGAGAUGGCACCCUGGAGGAUCAGCUCUAGAGGGUUGGGGGAUCCUCCAUAAUACAGUUGUACCUCCGCUUACGUAUGCCUCUGGAUACGUAAACUUCGGGAUGCGAACGUGGCAAGUAUUUUUCUGGGUUUCGCCGCAUGCGCAGAAGUGCUAAACCGCGUGCAUGCGAAGAAGCGGUCCUCUGGUUGCGAAUUCCUCGGGAUGCGGCCGGACCUCCAGAAGGGAUCCCAUUUGCAACCGGAGGUACCAUUGUAGGGUAGAAUGAGGCAUUGGGGGGGUGCAGGGGAAAUGGAAUUUGGGGAAAUAGCCUCCCCACUAGUUUCAUCGGCAGGUGUUUUCACUGGGUCAAAAGCCCUUCUGUGAGCACAAGGGCAGCGGUUGAUAUUAUUACCUUGGCAGAGGACUGCUCUUGGUAUGAUACAGAUUCAGAGGGUCAAAUGAAACAAAUUUUUAAACUUUCAAGGCAGAGUGACAAAAGUGCAGCUACAAUAACUUUCAGAAAUAACCUGCCCGAAAGCAGACUAACAGUGGUUGAGACUUGGUUUCUAAUCAUUGUGUGAUAGGACUGGAAAACGUUAUUUUAAAUUUGGUUAACGCUGCUGUUUCGGUGUUCAGGGGCUUUAGCCAGAGUAAGAGAUGUGUCAAGGAAAGCAGAGUUUUCACGUCGCGGAAGGAAUGUGUGGUUGCAAUUAACACUUACGAUGCUAAAUAUUUAUUUAUUACAGUAUCAUCCCAAAGGUGCUAGGAUAGAUGUUUCCAUCAAUGAGUGUUAUGAUGGCUCAUACGCAGGAAAUCCUCAGGAUAUUCAUCGCCAGCCUGGGUUUGCAUUCAGUCGUAAUGGGCCGGUCAAGCGAACACCAAUUACGCACAUUCUUGUAUGCAGGUUGGUAGGAAACUGUUUCUGCAGAUAUUUGCAACUGUUUGCACUCCCUGUCUGUAAGAUCUUAUUUAUCUGUUUAUAUAGCUAUCUAUUAAAACGUUUCUGUGCUGUGUGCUACUGAAAAUCUUAAAGCGACUUACAACAGUUUUAUUACUGUAAGUUCUCGAUCUCCAUGUUUUCUUCCCACUUCCUCAAUGGAAAUUAAAAAUUGCUCUCCUCUUUGUAGGACAUGCAUAUUAUAGUGGUGCACAAUAGCACAUUCCAUUUAACUUCAUUGGUAUAUGUGCUGCUUGUUAAAUAAAGCCAGUGGUGGGGAUUAAUCAAAGUAGAGUACGUAAAUUACUGUAUUUUUCGCCCUAUAGGACGCACUUUUUCCCCUCCAAAAAUGAAGGGGAAAUGUGUGUGCGUCCUAUGGGGCGAAUGCAGGCUUUCGCUGAAGCCUGGAGAGCGAGAGGGGUUGGUGCACACCGACCCCUCUCGCUCUCCAGGCUUCAGGAAGCUCUCCGCUAGCCGUGGGAGAGCUGCGUGAAGUCGCGCAGCUCUCCCACGGCUAGCGGAGAGCUUGCCUGCACCCAGAAGCUUGGGGCGCGCUGAGCUCAGCACGCCCCAGGCUUCGGGCUUCGCGCAGCUCUCCCAUGGCUUGCGGAUAGCAGCCUGUUCUGGGGGCUGGGGUCGGGGGAAGCUCGGGCUUCCCCAGCCCCGCACCUGGGGGGGAAAUAAUUUUUUUCCCUUUAUCUCCCCCCCCCCAAAAAAAAACUAGGUGCGCCCUAUGGGGCGAAAAAUUCAGCAACAAACCUAAACAUCACUUUAAUUUAGGACCGUCAACUGAGGAACUUUUAUUCUGUCUGCCUUUUGAAACAUUUGGACAUUACCAAAAGCCAUGGUUGCUUUGCUUCUCUCCAGUCCUGCUUCUGCCAUGCUAAGCCAUGGUUUGGUUUAACAUUACGUCUCAAUCUGAGUUCAUUGUUUGGCUCCCCAAACAAAUGUAACGCUAAGCCCAAACCAUGGCUUAGCUCAGAGGAGUACAGCAGGAGCAGCGUAAGAGCACAAUGACUGCCGUUUUCUCACCGCAUUAGCAUUCUUGAUGCUUCGUACUAAGCCAUAGUUUGGUUCAGUGUUACAUGUGUCCAUAGCUACUAUGACAAAUGAAAAUGUGGAAGCCUGCUUUGGCACACUGAAGGAAUUCCAUUAAUAAGCAUUACCUCCUACUGAAAGUAAAGGCCAUCCUUAAUACUUUGCUAUUCCUGCAAUGCCACAGCCUCAAAAAAUGAAAUAGUCUGCUCUUCUUUCAUAGCUCUGCUGAUUCCACUUGGUCUCCCCUGAUCACUUUGUUCUUCUACCAAGCAAAACCUAUUAAAGCUCGCAGGCCUAACAAAAAUUGGCUUAAUUUAUAGCAUCCAAUCUAAAUCUUCCUAUUUUCUAGUAACUUUGGCCGCAGUCCUAACCCCACUUGUGUGUAAGCCCCAGUGCAUUUAGUAACAUAGACAAGGUUAGGAUUGUGCUGUUACUAAUGUUGCUGUAGUGAUCAGAAUGUUACUCCCAUAGCUAUAGAAGUCAGAAAAUUAAACAAAGCUCUUUAUUCUUACUCUGCGGUAUCCAGCUAGUUUGGUUGCUAGGACAUUGUCUGUGAUACUCACCACUUAUCAGAGGUUGAUUUUUAGUCAGGCUCAGAUAAUUCGUUAGUGACAUGCUAUGCAGAGGCAGAAACCUGUCAAAACAGACUAUUUUGGGUUCUUGAAAUAGUUGGAAAUGUGCAGCAAUGACACUCCAUAUUGCUAGCCAUUGUAUAUGUUUCCAUUUCCUCCCACAAAUGCAGCAAAGUGUCUUGUGGCACCUUAAAGUUUACCAAUAUAAAACUUUUGGUUGUUUUUUCUGCAAGAAACUAACAUGGCUACCCCUCUGGCCUUCUUUUCGUGGAUGUGGUUAAGGUCUUGGUAAAUUGCAGAUGGGCAGCAACUCUAGGAUCAUAGAAUAGCCCUGAUCCGACUGAAAAGUGAGCUUUGUAGGUAUCAUCUGUUCUAUGCAUUGCAGAUAUAUGGCUGCCAGGCUUUUAGGUACCUGCUACAAACCAUACAUACUGGGUUUUUUUCCUCUUCUACGUGCAUCUUUUUUUUUCAGACCAAAGCGUACAAAAGCCAGCAUGUCUGAAUUCCUUGAAUCUGAAGAUGGAGAAGUGGAACAGCAAAGAACAUACAGCAGUGGACACAAUCGGUUAUACUUCCACAGUGAUACAUGCUUACCUCUCCGUCCACAAGAAAUGGAAGUUGACAGUGAAGAUGAAAAGGACCCUGAGUGGCUAAGGGAGAAAACUAUCACGGUAACUUUGUCCGACAGCAGAUAGUUCUUGUUUUGCUGAGCGAUAUUCCUGCUUUCCAUGGGACAAACCUACAUACUGUGUUUCCCACUUUGCGUUCUUGGAAAAGGCACAUUGCGAUACUAUGUCUUAAUCCAGGCUUCCUCAACCUCGGCCCUCCAGAUGUUUUGAGACUACAAUUCCCAGCAUCCCUGACCACUGGUCCUGCUAGCUAGGGAUCAUGGGAGUUGUAGGCCAAAAACAUCUGGAGGGCCGAGGUUGAGGAAGCCAUCUAUUAACACAAUUAGUUUUUAUGGGGUGGUGAAAUAUUGGAUGUGGGCAAUAGACGAGCUUGGUGAUAAAACGGGACCAAAUUGAUGGUUGUGACUAGCUUGCGUACUUUGCCAAACCUUUAUUAGGCAUUACAAGUAUUGGCCAUCGUAAAUCAUCCAUGUGUAAAAAUUUAACAUGAAUACAAAUUAAAAGCCAUGUAAAAUAUAUAACAAUGAGGGUUUUCAUUGGGGUUUCUUCCCGCUAAAUAGAAAGUUGUGACUGUCAGAGGCAGUUACAAUUACAUGCACACACAUUUUUGUGCUAAAAACAUUUUGGAAUUGCCGGAUACUGAAUGUCUGCUAGAAGCUACGUAACAGAAUAUUACGACUUGGACAAUACUAGACUAUUCAGUAAUGGCCUAGGACUAGUUUGGCAAGGAAGAUUUAAGAGUGACCUCUAACGUCACAUGAGCAGGCUUUGAUUUCCUCUCCUCGCCCUUGCAACUCCCACACACCCCUCCCCAAAUCUGUAUUGGUGUGACCCCCAACUCUCCAGAGCAGGGUUAUUUGGGAGUGCGGUAGGAGGAAAAGGAAUUCCGCCUGCUUUGUCCAUUCCUUUGGCAGACUGACAUUCUUGGAUGCCACACAAAUAAUCGUAAUGCAAAACAUUGCGGACUGUUUAGGAAACUGAAGUUAGGCAUGGCAAUCCUCAUUUGUCAUAACCCAUUUUAGGCUCAUGAAAGAACCUGUUCUUUUUCUUAUUACUGCUCUAAUUUCAGCUUUAGAAACAAAAUGCUCAUAAUAAUCACAAAAUCUGAAAAUACAUUUCUUCAGAUAACAGCUUAAUAUUUAAACCUAUACAUUGAUCAUUUAAAUACAACAGUUAUUUUAAAUCUCUAUAUAUUCCAUCUCUAUAAACACCUGCUUAGAAUUCCAUUAAUUUGAUCUAAUUUCUGCUUAAAAUUAGAUUACUUUUACAAUUUUUUUUGACGUUUCAAAAUAAUUCAUUUUACAGACUUCUUUUUUAUUCUCUAUUCUUUAAUCCAGCAGGUUAACUUUGCCAACUUGAUUAUUUUUAACAUUUAAACGUCUAAUCAUUUUUGGACUUCUUCCUUUCAAUUAGUAUUUUGUCUGCCGCCAAUAAAAACCCGCAAAAUCUAGUUCUUCUGUUUCUUCCAAAAAUCCUAAUAAAAUUAUUUAAAAUAAAAUUAUUUAAAAGGUCUGAAGAAAUAUUUACCUCCAUUACAGCCUUAAUUUUCCUUAAUUCACCUCCAUAAUGUUGGUAUCGCAGGACCACACCACCAAAUAAUGUAACAUCCCUGCUUUUUGACAGCAUUCAGCUUUCUGUUCCUGGUUCAUCCUUUUGAUUUGACAUGAAGUGAUAUCUAACAAUUAUUUUAAAUGAAACCUCCAAUUCAAAUAAUGUGUAAACUGAAGUGAAAGAGCCUUUGCAUCAACCUGCUGAAGGGAUUUAAUAGACUUUCCCCUCUCAUUUCUCUCUGCCAUUGCGCAAACCCCCCCAAAUAUUCUCUGUUAGUGUAAACACUUAGAUGCAAGCACAAGGCACGUUCCCUAUACAGUGGUACCUCGGGUUACGUACUUAAUUCGUUCCGGAGGUCCGUUCUUAACCUGAAACUGUGCUUAACCUGAAGCACCACUUUAGCUAAUGGGGCCUCCUGCUGCCGCCGCAUCACCAGAGCACGAUUUCUGUUCUUAUCCUGCAGCAAAGUUCUUAACCUGAAGCACUAUUUCUGGGUUAGCGGAGUCUGUAACCUGAAGCAUAUGUAACCCAAGGUACCACUGUGUUCCCCCUUCCCCUCCCAAAAUAUAAACUGUUAUCUCUUCACUUUCUUCCAAAAGUUACUUCAGGGACAUUUGUAGCAAAACUGUGUGCCUUUUCCCAGCUCUUGCUGCUUAGUUCUGGCUGUGUGGAAUUGUACUGACUAUGCAAAGCAAUUAUGACAAUAAAAAGCAGAUGAUGGGGAAAACAAGCCAAGCAAUGCCUGACUUAAAUAGAUGCAUGCUAAUGACCUUUAAAUGGUUGUCUCACUGCAGCAAAUUGAAGAGUUUUCAGAUGUGAAUGAAGGAGAAAAAGAAGUGAUGAAAUUAUGGAAUCUACACGUUAUGAAGCACGGGUGCGUACUUAGAACUUCAAUUUUAUAAAUUUAUGAAAAGUGAUUAGGUUACAAUUAAAAAUAAAACAACAACCCUGAAAUGCUUUUAAGCCUUCCACAUAUCUGUUAUUUUAAUGUGUUUUUUUAUUGUGUGAACUACUGAGCAUUUAAAAAACCCUAUGUAGGAAUUGUGGAGAAGCAAGUAUUACAUGACAGCAUGUCUGAGCAGGAUUUUGAUAUUGUAGGCAUCUUUGGGCACCCAAAUCUGUAAUAAUGCCUAGCGUCAUUUUUUUAUGUUACAGGUUUAUUGCAGACAAUCAAAUGAAUCAUGCCUGUAUGCUGUUUGUUGAAAAUUAUGGACACAAAAUAAUUAAGAAGAACUUGUGUCGAAACUUCAUGCUUCACCUGGUCAGCAUGCAUGACUUUAACCUUAUAAGCAUAAUGUCCAUAGACAAAGCUGUUACUAAGCUUCGAGAAAUGCAGCAGAAAUUGGAAAAAGGGGAGUCUACUGCUACCACAACAAUGGAGGAGAUUUCUGAAGAACAAACUGGAAUAACCAAUGGCUGCAGUGAAACUAACACUAGGGAAAAAUCAUCAGAAAUGGAUGCUAUCUCAUGUAUGGCAAAACAGAAUAGAAAACAGAAGAUCUGAAAAGAAGAGCAAAGGGGCAUUCAAUGCACAAACAAUGAAGUGACAUUUUAAGAUGCAUGAACUCUUAUAAGGAAUUUAAUAUGACACACAGGCUCCUAACAGGCACUGCUGGAAACAGGAUUUCAACAAUAUGGUUCCUUUUGAGUUGAUUAUGCAAGUACUACAUGUAUAUCAGUUCUAGUGGUGUAAUGACAAUACUCAAAGUUUGAGCAUGAAGAGCAAUACAAUUUUUGGGAAUUUUAAUUAUGAACUGUACUGAAUUUACAUAACUUGAGUAUAUGUAAACCAGUUUUUAUAUAAAGAUUUUUUUUGAUGAUUUUUUUUGCAUCUGUACUGGCUGUCUUUCCUACCAUGGAGCUGAAAAUUAGGGAAAGAGAUUCGGACAGUUUAUGCUUUGUACUUAGAAAUUCCUUAGGUUAACUUUUUUGUGGCAAAUAACACACCAUUUAAAGUUUACCUUGAUCUUAUAGGUGUCAAACUACAGAUUGCAAAUUUCUAAACACUUUUUAAACAUUCAGCUGUAAUAUAGCACUUCUUUGUCUCAAACCUUUUUUGGAAAAAAAACCAACCACCUCUGCUUUUCUCAUUACAAACGCAGGGGAAGUACCAUAUUAAUUCUGUCAGUAGUCCAAACGAAUCUGUAGAUAACAAGGUGUACUAGAGCAAACCUUUAACCUAAUCAAGCAUAACUGUUGAGAGUUGUUUAAUAGAAUGCUUUGUUUAACACCUAGAGAUUGCUUCUCGGCCUUUUGGCUAAGAGAUCAAGUGUUAACACCUGGAGGCCAUGGUAGGCAGUGCCUGGAUAUGUACCUAUUUUGCCUAUAUACAGACUGUAAGAUCGAAGCAUGGCGUUAAAGAGAAUUUUUGGUUGCUAGUUUUGAAGGGGAAAUGCACUGUAAAAUUAGGCCAGAAAAUGUGUUGCACUUCUUAUGCAAGUACUCUGUGAUGUAUUGCAUUCAAUACAGAUGCUAACCUGUGCAGUCUUGCACUGCUAACACAUUUUAUGCACAUGUUUACAGAUUUUCUUUUUUCCAAUGGAAAGUAGCUUCACUACUGGUACAGUAUCAGCUUCAAGGGUUUAUUCCAGCAAGCACUGUAGUUGAGUGGCAUCGCCUCAUUUUUUAAAAAUUCUUGAAUAGUUCAUUUUUUCAUAUUCUUUAUUUAUAAAGGAUUGAUUAUGUAAAUACAGGUGUUUCUAAUUUUUUAUUUCAUUCCACCACCACAAGAAGGCAGAUCCCUGUUGGUUUUUGUUUUUUGUUUGGGGUGGGGGGUGGGGGUAAGCUUUGUAAUGGGUUUUUUUCCAGAAAUUUAUAAAACUGUAAAUACUGACUUUGGUCCCUAAAGAUGUGUUUAACUGUGAGACUAUUUAACUAAUGGUGUGGAUGUGAUUUGUCAUCCAGUAUUAAGUUCUUGGUCACAGAUUUGUGUCAAUAUGAAAGAGGGAGACUGCAGCUUUCUUUAGACUUCUCGAAUUUCCUGCUCUUGAGUUGUAGCAAACUCUUAUUACACCUUUGAAUAGCCGGUCAAGCAUUUCUCUUGGGCUUUAAUUUGCUAAAGCUGUGCACAUAUGUAAAAAAAUAUAUUUUAGGAGAGACGUAGUUGUAGAACUAUUGCUUAUGUCACUUCUUAAGCAGCCGCGCUCUUAAUGCUUAAAAGGAGGCUAGCAUUGUUUGCACAAAAAAGUUGGUGACCCCUCCCAAAAUAGUAAUGAAAUUACUUCUGUCCAAUAAACUUUGUAUGUCAUGUCAAUUUAUAAUAAAAGCUGAGAAUCCCUUUGUUUCUAUUUAUAAUAAAGAUGGAUUUUCUAUAUGUACCCUUAAUGAGACUUUCAAUAAAUCAUGUAAACUGGGUGAACAUUUGAAUGGUACAGUAGAUAUAAAAGAAGUGUUUAAUGGACCUUUUUGUUUUUACAUUAAAUGUUUAUUUGAAAUUGGAUUUUGUACAUAAAGUUCAAUAAUAUAAAAUCUU